AUGCCUCCUUCGAUAGAGAUAGCUGUCCUUCUGCUCCAGGUCCUGGUUUUGGAGACGCGCCGCGGAGCCAGCGCGCUCUACAUCCAACAGGCUUUUGCGUCUCCCAACCUCACCAAUAACUUUGUGGUAGACCCGGUGUCCGGGAGAGUCUACUUGGCCACGGUCAACACAGUGUACCAGCUGAACGGGACGCUCAGUCUGGAGGUGGAGAAGAGGACGGGGCCGGUGGAGGACAACCUGUUGUGCCAUGCGCCACAGCUGCCCCAAGCUCCGUGCGAGCAUCCCAAAGCCAUCACGGACAACUACAACAAGCUGCUGGAGCUGGACCGGGACCAGGGGGUCGUGGUCAUGUGUGGCUCAGUGUACCAGGGCUUUUGUGAGCUCAGGAAAAUGGACAAUAUCUCGGAGAUAGCGGUAGAGUUCCCUCCGCACGGGGAGAAGACUGUGUUCCCCAGCAUGCUGAACAUUGCUGCCAAUCACCCCAACGCGUCCACGGUGGGACUGGUCUUCAGGAGCCACGGGGGCAACACCCGUCUCCUUGUAGGAGCUACUUACACAGGGGCUGGCACCCAGUAUUUCCCCAAGAACCACAGCAAGGAGGACCUGCGCUUUGAGAACACUCCUGAGAUAGCCAUUCGCUCCUUAAAUAUCAAAGACUUAUCCAGACUUUUCACUUAUGACAUUAACCCUUCGGAGGAUAAUGUCUUCAAGAUCAAGCAGGAGGUCAAGACGAAGAACAAGCUGAACUUUGUGCACGCGUUCAUUCAGAAGUCAUACUCGUACAUCGCCUUUAAUAAUGACGCCAAAAUGGGCCACAAGGAGAGCCAGCCCAACAGCAUUCUGGCCCGCAUCUGCCUGGACACGGACAACCCAAAGAAGCUCAGCGGACCCGAGAGCAGGAAGCUCACCGAGUCCUACAUCCAGAUGCCGCUGCUGUGCGGCUCCAGCGGGAACAUCUACAACCGCCUGGUGUCGGUGUAUCCUGUGGACAUCCCGGCGGGGGAUGCCUCCAGCCCGGAGCCGUACCUGUUCGGAGUGUUCUCGAAGGCGGACCGUAAGUCCGCUCUGUGCGCCUUCAAGUUCAGCGACAUCGAGGAGGAGAUCCGCCAGGCCCGGAGGAACUGCUCCAACUCCCCCAGCAGCGACGUGCAGGUCCUGGACAGUGUCAUCCAGGGCUCUGGGGCCGCCUGUCUUCAGAAGGGCAAAAUCGUGUUGCAGAUGGACCAGCUGGACUGUGGCGCGGCCCACCUGCAGCACCCUCUGGCCCUGCGCAGGUCCCUGAGAGCCGCCCCCCUGCUGGAGGCCUCCUCUCUCUCCUCCGUCAGUGUGGACCACGUGCACGAUCACACCGUGGUCUUCCUGGGAACCAGCAGCGGUCGUCUGCGCAAGCUGACUCUGCUCCCGAACCUGACGCUGGCCAAUCAGUGGACCCUGAAGCUGCCCUCGCUGGAGCCGGUCCACCACAUCAUGAGCUUUGACCCCAGCGACAGAAACUUCCUCUAUGUGAUGACGUCCAAUCAUCUGCUGAGGGUGAAGGUGGCCCAGUGUGAGCAGUGGCAGAGCUGCAGCGACUGUUUAGGAGCUGGAGACGCACACUGUGGCUGGUGCACUCUGGAGAGCAGGUGUAGUCUCCAGAAGGACUGCGGUCUGGGUGUGACUCCACGCUCCUGGAUCGGUUUGGGAGAGGGGCCACAGCAGUGUCCGUCCAUGACCCUCACCCCUCCAGAAAUCAACAUCUCUGCAGACAUCAAGGACAUCGGGAUCUUGAUAAAUGGCAGUGUCCCGGAUCUCAUCGGCUCCCGGGUGGAGUGCGAAUACGGACCGGGGGUGUCCACAGCUGCGACCGUGCACCUGGACUACGGCCCCGCUCAGAUCCAGACCUGCCCACUGCUCCCCAGGAACAACUACCAGCCCAUCCUCCCCGGAACAGAUCAUCUGACUGUUUCGCUGGAGAUAAAAGUGAAUGGCACAGCUGUGGUAUCUGGAAACUUCAUCGUUUAUGAUUGUGAACGGACCGGAGCCAUACAUCCAAAGACGUCAUGCGUGAGCUGCUUGAGCACCAGGUGGAAGUGUUACUGGGACCUGGAGAAACACCUCUGCGUCGCCGCUAAAGAUGAGCCAAAGCACAACCUACUGGAGGAUGCUGAUUCCUGUCCCAGUUUGGUAGUCGCAGAAGUUCCCCCUGCGCCCUCCGGCUUGUCCCAGGACUUCACCUUAUCCCUGAACAACGUGGAGGAGGGCGAGCAGCUGGAGUGUGACUUUGGGACAGAUCAGCGUUAUGAAGCCACCUGGUUGAACAGUUCGGCUGUCAAGUGCAGCGGAGUUACUCUGUCCACUCACCAAAGGACUCAAGUUUACUACCUGAAUCUACGCAGAGCUGGUGACUUUGAUCGUUCCGGGCAAGAUAUAUUCAUAGACACUCCAGAACCAAUGAAAGUGGAGGUGUACAACUGUGCGGUGGGAAGCUCGGACUGCUCCCAGUGCUGGGGCAGAGAGGACCAGGGUCACCUCUGCGGCUGGUGCGACAACAGCUGUAAACCACGGGACGACUGUCAGCCGAUUCAAGACCAGUGCCCAGCUCCAGAAAUCUAUAAGAUCCUUCCCGGCAGAAACCUGGGCAGAAGAUCAGAGGAGGUCGCCGUCACUGUGGGAGAUGUGCCGUGUUUCCUUGAGCCUUCGCUCUACACUGUCUCUGAGCAACUGGUGUGUGUGACUGGACCGGCCCUCGCUGAGAUGACAGAUCUUGUCCAAGUGAAGGUGAACCACAGCGCGGUGGGGACCUCCCGCGAGACUUUCUCAUAUCUCGCCCCAAAGCUGCUGUCCAUGAGCCCAGUGAAAGGCUCUCGAGCUGGGGGCACCAGAGUGACCAUCAGAGGGGAACAUCUGGACAUCGGGUCCGUCGUCCGAGUCACAGUCAACCACACGGACGAGUGCAUCAUCACUGAGAAAACAGACGAUAUCAUUGAGUGCACAAUGCCUGCAGCGAUGCAGGCGCACGCAGACGCCACGCUGGUGUGUGUGGAGUUUGAGAACUUCCCGUGUCAGUUUGAGGGGGUCAGCACCACCUACACUUAUGAGAAGAACCCCACCAUCAGCAACAUCCACCCCACCAAGAGCUAUCUGAGUGGUGGCAGGACCAUCAGCGUCAGCGGCCAGGGGUUUGAUCUGGUGCAGAGCGUCUCCAUGCAGGUGCUGGCCAUUGGAACAUCAUCUUGCACAGUGGUCUCCUCGUCCCUGAUCACCUGCCCAUCACCGCCCGCGCUGCAGUCCCAGCAGACCUCAGUGCAGUUCUACCUGAACCGAGUGCUCUACACAGGGGACAGUCCUGCUCCAUCCGACAGCGGGGAGGAGGAGGAGGAUGAGGAGGGAGAGGAGGAAGGCGAGAGCAAUGUUCUUAAAGGUCACUUCCUGUUGGAGUACGUGGAGGACCCGCAGUUCUUCACAGCCAACAAGGAGAAGCUGAUUAAACACCACCCCGGAGAGCCGCUGACACUCAUCAUUAAUAAAGGGCCGAACGGUCUGGAUCUUGUACCGGAGGAGUGCUCUGUGAUGAUUGGCCCUUAUCCCUGUAACAUCAGCUUUCAUAACGACCAGCUGUUCCACUGCACCAUCAACGAACUGCUCAGCACCAGCGAGAGCGAGCUGCCCGUCACAAUCCAGGUGGGUUACUUCCAUCACACCAUCGCCAUAGUGCAGCAGGGAGGGAGCGAGCUGGCCAUCGUCGUGUCCAUCGUGGUGUGUUGUGUCCUGCUUUUGCUCUGCACUGUUGCGCUCGUGGUAUAUUGCACAAAAAGCCGGAGGGCAGAGCGCUACUGGCAGAAAACCCUACUCCAAAUGGAAGAGAUGGAGUCCCAGAUCAGAGAAGAGAUCCGUAAAGGUUUCGCCGAGCUGCAGACAGACAUGACAGACCUGACCAAAGAGCUGAAUCGCAGCCAGGGCAUCCCAUUCCUGGAGUACAAACAGUUUGUCACCCGCACGUUCUUCCCCAAGAUGUCGCUGGAUUAUGAGAAGACCCUGGUUCUUCCCAUGUACGAGAACGAUUCGCUGAAGCCUAAAACUAUCCCAGAGACGCAUCCACUGCUGCAGGACUGGCAGUGUAACGAGACAACCAAACCUAACAUAGAGGAGGGCAUCACUAUGUUCUCCACUCUCCUCAACAAUAAGCACUUUCUCGUCACAUUCGUCCACGCGCUGGAGCAGCAGAAGGACUUUGCUGUACGGGACAGAUGCAGCCUGGCGUCCCUGCUCACUAUUGCCCUUCAUGGUAAACUGGAGUACUACACCAGCAUCAUGAAGGAUCUGCUCGUGGAUUUGAUCGAUGCCUCGGCCUCCAAAAAUCCAAAACUUAUGCUUCGUAGAACGGAGUCUGUCGUGGAGAAAAUGUUGACCAAUUGGAUGUCUAUAUGCAUGUAUAGCUACCUCAAGGAAACAGUGGGCGAGCCUUUCUUCCUGCUGCUCUGUGCAAUCAAGCAGCAGAUCAACAAGGGCUCGAUAGACGCCAUCACAGGGAAGGCGCGCUACACCCUGAACGAGGAAUGGCUUCUGCGAGAGAAUAUUGAGGCCAAGCCGCAGAACAUCAAUGUAUCCUUCCAAGGCUGCGGCAUGGACUCUCUGUGCGUCAGGGUCAUGAACACAGACACAAUCUGCCAAGUGAAGGAAAAAAUCAUAGAGGCCUUUUAUAAAAACCUGCCAUUCUCACAGUGGCCUCGAGCAGAGGACGUGGACUUGGAGUGGUUCGACUCCGGUAGCAACAGUCGACUUCUGCAAGACCUGGACAACUCCUCAGUGAUGGAAGAUAGCAGGAAGAAGCUGAACACCGUCUUCCAUUACCAGAUCCCAGAGGGCGCGUCACUAGCCAUGAGCUUGAAAGACAAGAAAGAAAACACGCUUGGCCGAGUGAAGGAUCUGGAUACGGAGAAGUAUGUGCACUUGGUGCUUGCUCACGACGAGCUCCAGGAGAAUAGGAAGAAACACAGACAAAGUCACCACAAGAAAGUGCUGCCGGAGAUCUACUUGACACGCCUCCUGUCCACCAAGGGAACACUGCAGAAGUUCUUGGAUGACCUCUUCCAGGCCAUCCUCAGCAUCCCCCCGGAUCGCCCACCUCUUGCCGUCAAAUACUUCUUUGACUUCCUCGAGGAGCAGGCCGACAAACGAGGGAUAACGGACCCUGACACCCUGCACAUCUGGAAAACCAACAGUUUACCUCUGCGCUUUUGGGUGAACAUCCUGAAGAAUCCACAGUUCGUCUUUGACAUUGACAAGACGGACCACAUGGAUGCCUGCCUGUCUGUCAUCGCUCAGGCCUUUAUAGACGCCUGCUCCAUAUCUGACCUGCAGCUCGGCAAGGACUCACCCACCAACAAGCUGCUGUACGCCAAGGAGAUCCCCGAGUACAAGAAGAGGGUGCAGUGGUAUUACAACCAGAUCCAGGAGAUGCCACCUCUGAGCGAGCAGGAGAUGAACGCACACUUGGCCGAGGAGUCCAGGAAGUACAGAAACGAAUUCAACACCAAUCUGGCCGUGACAGAGAUCUACAAAUAUGCCAAGAGAUACAGAAACCAGGUUGUGACAGCGCUGGAGGCAAACCCGACCACUCGCCGCACGCAGCUGCACCACAAGUUCGAGCAGGUCAUCGCUUUAGUGGAGGACAACAUCUACGAGUGCAGCAGCGAGGCCUGA